AAAAGAAAGGUGCAAGUCCCAAAUUUUUAAUUAGUCGUUAGGGGGGAAAGGAAGAGGGCAAUCCAUAAUAGCAGGCAAAGUCAAGCUCCGUGGUCCCACCUCAGACUCGCUAGCAGUGGCCGAAGAUGCCAGAAGGCGUAUCCGAGAAGGACGGGGAGACGUUACGUUGACGCGGGCGUGACCCUGACGGAGGUUUGGCGGGAUUUCCGAAAGCCGCCGGGGAGAGCGGGCGCUGAGGCCUGAGACGGAGGCCUGAGGGGGGCCGAGACGCACUCCGAGGCGCGUAGUCCCUAGCCGAAGCUCGCCUGGGUUGUGUGCAGAGGCCGAAGCGACGGAGUAGAGAAGCGGGGCGCAGGCCAGGGGGUCUGGAGUCUGUCCGCGGCGGCCGGGCCCAAGCCAGCGGAGGGAAGUCGGAGCGCGCAGCCCGCCCGAGCGAGCGGCGCUGCAGGCCGAGUCUUGAACACUGAGUAAUGGCUAUGCAGAUGCAGCUUGAAGCAAAUGCAGAUACUUCAGUGGAAGAAGAGAGCUUUGGUCCACAACCUGUUUCACGGUUAGAGCAAUGUGGCAUAAAUGCCAAUGAUGUGAAGAAAUUGGAAGAAGCCGGAUUCCAUACUGUGGAGGCUGUUGCCUAUGCACCAAAGAAGGAGCUAAUAAAUAUUAAGGGGAUUAGUGAAGCCAAAGCUGAUAAAAUUCUGACUGAGGCAGCUAAAUUAGUUCCAAUGGGUUUCACCACUGCAACUGAGUUCCACCAAAGGCGAUCAGAGAUCAUACAGAUUACUACUGGCUCCAAAGAGCUUGACAAACUACUUCAAGGAGGAAUUGAGACUGGAUCCAUUACAGAGAUGUUUGGAGAAUUCCGAACUGGGAAGACCCAGAUCUGUCAUACAUUGGCUGUGACAUGCCAGCUUCCCAUUGACCGAGGUGGAGGUGAAGGAAAGGCCAUGUACAUUGAUACCGAAGGUACCUUUAGGCCAGAACGGCUGCUAGCAGUGGCUGAGAGAUAUGGCCUCUCUGGCAGUGAUGUCCUGGAUAACGUAGCAUAUGCUCGAGGGUUCAACACAGACCACCAGACCCAGCUUCUUUAUCAAGCAUCAGCCAUGAUGGUAGAGUCCAGGUAUGCACUGCUAAUUGUAGACAGUGCCACCGCCCUCUACAGAACAGACUAUUCGGGCCGUGGUGAGCUUUCAGCCAGGCAGAUGCACUUGGCCAGGUUUCUGCGGAUGCUUCUGCGACUUGCUGAUGAGUUUGGUGUAGCAGUGGUAAUCACCAACCAGGUGGUAGCCCAAGUGGACGGAGCAGCUAUGUUUGCUGCAGAUCCUAAAAAACCUAUUGGAGGAAAUAUCAUUGCUCAUGCCUCAACAACCAGACUGUACCUGAGGAAAGGAAGAGGGGAAACCAGAAUCUGCAAAAUCUACGACUCUCCCUGUCUUCCUGAAGCUGAAGCUAUGUUUGCCAUCAAUGCGGAUGGAGUGGGAGAUGCCAAAGACUGAAUCAUUGGGUUUUUUCCUGUGAUAAACCUUCAGUGCUGCAGCCUAAUGGAGAAGACUGCUCCCUGGGGUUCUGCACAGGCCUCUUCCUGUUGUGACUGCCAGAAACAGGCUUCCGGGAAAACAGCCAUUGUAUCAGCUUUUCUGAUGGUGUAAACAGGAGACAGGUCAGUAGUCACAAACUGAUCUGAAAUGUUUAUUCCUUCUAGAGUGUAUUAAUCUCUAUGUGAAUUCUUUGGAUUUGGGAGGGGAGAUAUGGAAUACCUUUGACAUAGUCCCUUGGGGUUGACUUAGGACUAACAGCUGUCUACUGGACAAUUUUAUGCUUCAAAGAAAACUAAAGCUAGGGAGACCUAACUCUUCUCUCACUGUCUGAAUAAUGUUGGAAAAAAUGCCUCAGCUAAGCGGCAAAGGGAAUGGGUCUCCUUCAGGUUCUUUUUCUGUCAGUAAAACUGUCAGUCAGAAGGAGGUUUUUAAGUUUGUUUGCCUGAAUUAUCUUAUGCAAGAAUUUGUUUUUAGUUAAGGGUACUGAGUAGGUCUGCUGGGCUGCCAGCCCUUCACCAUCUACAUGCUGUGGUUUUUUACUGCUAAGAGCAACUCAAGAUAGUUCUGGAAUCUUAAGCAUUUCAGAGGCUCUUUAAGUAAGCAGAUUCAGGGUGGGGCUGCUAAUAAUGUAAUUUGUUGUGAAUGUGCUGUUUUUCUGGUAUAAGCUGAAUACUUCAAGAUAGGGCCUUCAUAAUAUCUUUUUGGCAGUAGAUAGGGGUGAUCAGUUUCUAUUGCUUUAAAAUUGAAAAUUUAAAAGGGAAGUCCUACAUUCAGAUGAUUGAGCUGGUUGUCCUUCAACCUAAUAGAGAAUGUUACAAAAUAGAUAUACUAUGGCUUUCCUGUGGCCUUUGCUUUUAUUCUGUAAGUCUCAUGUAGAGUUCCGGUACUUGCCUGGAUUAUUCUACUUCUGGAGUCUGAGAUAAUCCUCGUCUUCCCCUUCAGACUUCUACUCAGGAUGGGUUUUAACCAGCUCUUGCAAUUUCAGAGGGCCUUUCAGCUAAUAUUGGGAGGAGAGGUGGUAAAAAUCUGUUAUUGCCUGUGUUGAUCCUACUAUGUGUAGGGAGAUAGGAAGACAUAGUCAAUUCACUGCAGCCAUGUUUCAAAAGCAGUUCUGUUCCCUGACUUUAUAAAGAAUGGAGUACCUUCCAGGUCUUCUCUUUUGUUUCUACGCUGCAAAACAAACCUGGGAUGGCAUAAUAAAGCCACAGUGACAGAUUCUGGAAUGGAAGCUUGGUUCUUGUAUAAAAGCAUCUCAAACCUAGAAACUUGUCUCAGUUUUUCUUAUAGAUUAGGCUUUGUGCUGUUAGUCCUAAGAGUGAACAUGAGAGGGUCAAGGAACACUACUUAGUUGGAAUAGGCCUUGUUAGGCUAAAAGUAAGGUCUCUGCCUAUGUUUUACACGUAACUAAAAUGUUCACUGGAAAUAGCAUUAACCAAAGAGCUUAUUCUAAACUAUCUGAUGCUGUUUUUUUCUGCUUGUCUGCAGUAGCCUCUGUAGUAAGAAACAAUUAUAGAAGUGUCAAGCAAGAAUAAGGAGCUGAUAACAAAUAAACAUAGGGGAAUACAA